UGAGGUGGGGGGAAAAGCACAUCAAGCUCUCUAGACGGCUCGAAUGAUCACAGCGUCUGCUGGUACGUUUCAUUGAGUUCAACCGGAGAAGUUAAUCGUUUAGACCAGCGGAGGAAACGAAUGAGAUUUCAACCGAGUCGCGCACAGUGAGUGGACCGGACCGGACAGGGCAGCAGCAACCCCUUUUCUCUUCAGCAGACCGAUAAGGAGACCCAGAUGGACAACAGGAACACGUCUGAUGACAAGCCCGUUCAGCGUUCUAAGUCUUUCAGUUUCAAGACACAGAAGGAGACUUGUGCAUCAUGUGAGAAAACAGUGUAUCCAAUGGAGAGAUUGGUGGCCAACAACCUCAUCUUCCACAACACAUGCUUCUGCUGCAAGCAUUGCAACACCAAACUCAGUCUGGGGUCCUAUGCAGCGCUGCAGGGGGAGUUCUACUGCAAACCACACUUCCAGCAGCUCUUCAAGAGUAAAGGGAACUAUGACGAGGGCUUCGGGCGCAAGCAGCACAAGGAGCUCUGGGCCUCCAAGGAUGAAGAGAGCAUCACCAAGACAGCAUAAUCCUCAGUGAUUUCCAAAGCACCUUUCCCCUCCCUAGCCAAUGAUGAUGACCCUUUAUAUACUCUGCCCACAUCAAUACACACAUGCAUCCACACACACACACACACACUUAUUUCAAGCACACAAGCAGUUGAUCCAGGCUUCUCAUGAUAUCACAACACAAUCACAGAUAUACCACCAUGAGAUAGGGUUGAUUAGCUUCCCUUUUGUUUGUUCCUCGCUCCCUUCCUUCUCUGCUUAGUUUUCAUUUUUAUUUAGCUUUGGAAAAUGUCAUUUUGUGUUUGUGAUGAUUUUUUUUUGUAGUGUUGUGGAGUUAACAGUUAGUUGAUUGUGACCAAAAUCUGUGUCCCUAUAGGUGGGAUGAUUCACUUAUUAGCCUCAUUACGAUCCUGUUUGGCAGUACUAGUAUCAGUUGGUUUCGUUAAUUUUCUGUCGUGAAAGGUUUCAAGAUGGUUUAGAUUAUACACUCAGGUAAAGAUUCUGGGUUGAUGCAUCAAGAUUAUUCAGCAAUCUUUUAUGUACAUAGUGAACUUAACUGUUUUGUCCCUAACUUCAGUUACAGCAAUCUGUACUGUUUCCAAACUAAAUGGCUUAACAGCGUUCCUUAAAAUGGGAAAACUAUCUUUUUUAUUAUUAUUUUGUCUGCUUUGCUGGCGCAGGGUAUUUUAUCUGUGAAUCUACAGGGUACACUGUACUGUAAAGAACUCACUUGAGUUUACAUCCCCCUUACUUUUCAUUCUUUUUCAUCCUCGUUUUAUCUUCUUUUGGCAUUAAGAAUUGGUAUUUGACAGAUCCUGUCAAGUCUGUGAUCCAAUCAGACAAUAUCAUUCUUAUUAAGCAUGAGUAUCUUUUACCAAAUGUAGUUGUAAACACAAAAUUUAGACAUAAUCUUAUAUCAGCCAUCAUUUCUGGCGCCCUCUAGUGUUUUGGAUGAUAUUCCUUAUUUGAUCUAAUGUUGGUUAUUCUUUGCCAUCUAUUGAUGCCAUCUAGUGAUAUCUAUGCUCAUUUUAUCAAACAUAAAUAUUCCUUGUAUAUCUUAUUUUAGUCACAUUUAAUGUUUUUCAGCAGACUGCACAUCGUAUUUUUUUUUAUGUUGCUCAGUGAUUUCUUGUAAAGGCAUUUGCACAUAAGUACCACUAAGCUGAGUGAAUGUACUGUGAUGCACUGUACUGUACUUAUGCCUUGCUGCAUGGGACCAAGUUUGUACAACAAAAUUAAGACAUUCACAGGGAAC